AUACUUUUCGUCUUCACAGUCCGGGAAUGCCAUUUGGUAAUGAACUAGUCUGAGUAACCUUUAUCCACGAUGUCUUUACAAAGACUUAUGCAACAGCAAAGCAAUGGCACUCUGGAGGACUACUGCAUGGGUCCAGUUUACGACCCUUUCUCUGCGCCAAUUGGGAGCUCUCAAAUAGAUAAUAAAAGGAUUCAAAUGCUGGCAGAUACUGUGGCAACUUUACCCCGGGGACGCAAGCAGCUUGCUGUGACCAGAUCAAGCUCCUUAGGUGACUGUACCUGGCCACAGAGAAGGCUGGUUGCAGUGGAAAAACAGGACAAUGGAACUUUUGGAUUUGAAAUUCAGACUCGUAUACAGCCGUUAUACAAUCCUUGCUCCUCAGAGAUAUACACUUUCAUUUGCAAGGUGCAAGAGGAGAGUCCUGCUCACCGCUCGGGACUGCAGAUGGGUGACAUUCUUGCCAAUAUCAACGGAGUGAAUUUGGAGGGUUUCAGUCACAAACAAGUGGUCGACUUGAUCAAAGCAGCAGGGAACCGACUCAGGUUAGAGACAGUUAAUGGAACAGCGAUCCUUAGAAGGUCAGAGCUGGAAGUCAAAUUGCAGGCUUUGAAGCAAGGCUUGAGGCAUAAAUUGGUGGAGUUCCGAUCUCUGCACUUACAGGAACUACGUCUGCUUCAUGUCGAUGAAGUGAACUGCCCAAGCCUGGAGUUAGAAGACUUUUAUUUGCCUGGAAGCCCGGCCUUGGUGGACACAGCUUAUUUGAUCCAAAACCGUUUCUCUAGCACGAGCAGCUGCAGGAGCUGGUUGAGUUCGAUGACAGUGGAUAGUGAGGAUAGCUUCCAGACCUGUAUUUCUGAGGAUUCGGGUAGAGAGCCUGUCAGCCGGCAAACCAGUACAGAUGACGAAUGUUUCCUCUCCAAGGACGGUGACCUGGUUCUGAGGAAAUCUUCUCUGAGGAGAAACAGAAGCAUCAGCACGGCAAGUAGCAGCUCAAUGUCUCCCUUGUGGGAAGGUGGGGGCAACUUCUCUAGUGUAUUUGGGACCCUGCCACGGAAAAGCCGAAGAGGAAGUGUCCGAAAACAGCUCUUGAGAUUCAUCCCCGGCCUUCACCGUGCAGUGGAAGAAGAAGAGAGCCGAUUCUGACAUCGUGGGGGCCUUCCCAGUAAUAGCUCAUUAUAGAAAGACUCACAGCAUUAAAAAUCUGUGGUGGCAGUCACCCCUCACUGCUUCGUGGGGCAGAUUGGAUGAAUUAAGGAACUGCUUGUCCCCUCUUGUUUUCUGUCACCUGACCUCGGGCAGGAGUGGCCUUUAUUUAAAUGCUCUGUGUGUGGGUGUUUGAGUGGGUUUAAUCUUCUCGAACCAAAUCAUUUCAGAAGGCCCCCAAAUUUGGAGUGCAUGGUUAAGUAAAUUUAGACUUGAAAAUGUGGUUAGAGGAAAACACCAAUUCAUUUUAUUUUUACAUUGCCUACAGAAAAGAGAAUUCUGUGUAUUCCUAGAUGAUCAAAAUUAAGUCAAGAUGGCCACAAUAACAUUUAGGAUGUGAAUGGUGCAGUAAAUAGGACUGCUUUGAAUAGCUUUUCAUUGAUUAAUUAAUUUCUGCAGACUGUUUGUCAAAGGCCCAGCCUUCCUUUGGGAUGGCUGAACUCUAGAAAUCUUGAAGAGUUACACUCCAAGGGGAUGACUAUCAGCCAUUCUCCAACUCAGCUAUGGAAUAAACAAGGGAAAAUGAUUUUGGUUGCAGCAGGAAGGAUUUUGGUGUGCUAGAAGCCAGAAAUUCAUGACAGGAAGGGUUGCUACACUUUGGAAUGGGUUUUGGAGGAAGGGUGUGACAUCAGUUUAAUAAUUGUGGUAUUUAAGUGCUUACUACGUGUCAGGCACUGUACUAGUUGCUGGGGUAGAUACAGGUU